AAGAUGGCUCAGGCAAAUACAAGACUACUUAAACUAUGGCCACAUAAUUCAUUAUGCCAUUGUUAUCAACAAAGCUCCUGGCCAGCUCUAUUAUCAUAUCACAGAAAUUCUCACAGACACCUUAGUUCAGUCUCGAACAAACCAAUUCAACUUUACAGCCAGAAAUCUUACCCAAGUAUUAGUGUGUUUCCUAAACAGUUUUACAGUGGAUUAAAUUUGUCUACACGAGCAGAUCUACUAGAAGCUAAGAGAGUAAUAAUUAAAUUAGGCAGUGCUGUGAUCACUAGAGAAGAUGAAUGUGGACUGUCUUUGGGACGCUUGGCCUGCAUAAUAGAACAGGUUGCUGAGUUACAGAAUCAAGGGAAGGAGAUGAUGAUGGUAACAAGUGGUGCUAUAGCUUUUGGUAAACAGAAACUACAACAGGAAAUCAUCAUGUCCAUGAGCAUGAGACAGACUCUCACAUCAGCUGACAAAAAUAAGCAUGGUUUAUUUAUUGCCCCAAGAGCUUGUGCAGCAGUUGGACAGAGUGGUUUAAUGUCUCUAUAUGAAGCCAUGUUUAUGCAGUAUGGAGUCAAGGCUGCACAGGUGCUAAUUACAAAGCCAGACAUUGAUGACCCUGAAAGCUGUAAAAAUCUGUGUGGAACAUUGAAUGAGUUGUGUCGACUAAAAAUCAUACCUAUUCUAAACACAAAUGACGCUGUGGCACCGCCACCAGCCCCUGAUAAGGAUCUUAAAGGGGUGAUUAGUCUGAAAGAUAAUGACAGUUUGUCUGCUAGACUAGCCAGAGAAGUCCGAGCUGAUCUAAUGGUCCUGAUGACUGAUGUCAAUGGUAUAUACACUGGACCACCAGGACAGAUUGGUUCCAGACUGCUCCACACCUAUAGCCCAGAUGAUAGGACUAAAGUUACAUUUGGUUUAAAAUCCAGAGUAGGACUUGGUGGAAUGGAGUCUAAGGUUAAAGCUGCAGAAUGGGCCUUAGACAAUGGUGUUGCCACGGUAAUUUGUAAUGGUAACCAGGAUCAUGCCAUCAGAGAUAUAUUUGCUGCAAAGAAAAUCGGAACAUUUUUUACUAAAACAGAGAGUUCUGCCCCUGUAGAAGUCCAGGCUAUACAUGCAAGAGAAGGAAGUAGAGCAUUACAAGCUUUGACUGGUGAACAGAGAGCAGUUAUAAUAAACAAACUAGCUGAUUUAUUACUAGAAAGACAGACAGAUAUUUUGAGUGCCAAUCAGAUAGAUGUAGAUAAAGCUUAUACUGAUGGAGUAGACAGUGUGUUAAUAUCAAGACUUGUGUUAAAUGAGAAGAAGCUGAAGACAUUAUAUACAGGAUUGAAACAGAUAGCUAAAACAUGUAAUUCUAUUGUGGGCAGAGUAACUAGGAGAACUCAAGUGGCCGAGGGUUUAGAACUUUGUCAGGUUACUGCACCAAUAGGCGUACUGAUGGUGAUAUUUGAAUCUCGUCCAGAUGCACUUCCACAGGUAGCAGCUCUGGCUAUUAGUAGUGCUAAUGGUUUGUUACUAAAAGGAGGAAAGGAAGCAUCUAACAGUAAUAAGUUAUUACAUGAAUUGGUGGAAGAGGCAUUGGAACCUUUUGUUCCUAAAGAAACCGUAGCUUUGGUGAGCAGAAAAGAAGACAUAGAAGAUUUGUUACAGAUGACAAACUACAUAGACCUUGUAAUACCCAGGGGGUCUAGUGAUAUGAUAGCUAAGAUACAGGCUGCCAGUAAGGGGAUACCAGUCCUUGGACACAGUGAAGGGGUCUGCCAUGUUUAUAUAGAUAAAGAAGCCAAUCAUGACAUGGCUCUCAAGAUUGUGAGAGAUUCUAAGUGUGAUUAUCCUUCAGCAUGUAAUGCCGUAGAAACCGUACUGAUCAAUAAACAUCUACUAAAGUCAACUUUCUUUGAGACACUUUUAGACAUGUUGAAGAAUGAAGGGGUGAAGAUAUAUGCUGGACCUAGAAUGUCCAGUGUUUUAAAAUUUGGACCACCACCUGCUGUUUCCUUACAUAAAGAAUAUGGAGGAUUAGAAUUGACCAUGGAAAUCGUAGAAAAUACCACAGAGGCUGUCAACCAUAUUAAUAAAUACAGCAGUUCACAUACAGAUGUUAUUAUAACCGAUAAUGAACACUAUGCCAGUGACUUUUUGAGUGGUGUAGACAGUGCCUGUGUAUUUCACAAUGCCAGUACAAGAUUUGCUGAUGGUUACAGAUUUGGUCUAGGAGCAGAGGUAGGUAUCAGUACAACGAGGAUCCAUGCCAGGGGACCAGUAGGAGUUGAAGGGUUACUGACAUCAAAAUGGAUUUUACAAGGACAUGGACAAGCAGCCACAGAUUUUACGGAUGGAAAUGAGCAAUUUAUACAUAAAAGUUUACCAUUGGACUACAGUGACAAAGUGGUACAAAGUAAUGAUCAUACUUCUGAAGAACAGCAAUAGAAUUAUUCUCAAUAUAAAAGUUAAUGGCUACCAAUGAUAUGGUGUUGAUUAUUUACAAAUGCAAAAUUUACAAGGUUAUAAUAUUGCGA